AUGUCUUUCUCCCUCCCCCUCUCUCUCUCUCUCUCUCUCUCCUGUACCUCUCUUUCUCUCUCUCUCUCUCUCGUUGUAUCUCUCUUUCUUUCACUGUAUCUCUCUUUCGCUCUCUUUCUCCCUCUGUAUUUCUCUUUAUCUCUCGCUGUAUCUCUCUUCCCCUCACUUUUUCUCUCGCUGUAUCUCUCUUUCUCUCGCUGUUUCUCACCCUGUAACUCUCUUUCUCUCUUUUUAUUUCUCUUUCUCUCUCUGUGUCUCUCUUUCUCUCGCUAUAUUUCGCUGUAUCUCUCUCUCUCUCGUUGUAUCUUACUUUCUCUCUUUUUUCUCUCUUUCUCUCUCUAUACCUUCUCUUUCUCUCUUUCUUUCUCUGUAUCGUUCUCUCUCUUUCUUUCUCUCGCUGUAUCUCGUUGUAUCUCUCUUUCUCUCUCUGUAUCUUUCUCUCUCUAUCUCUCACUGUAUCUCUCUCUUUCUCUCUAUUCUUCUUUCUUUCUCUCUCUUUAUCCCUCUCUUUCUCUCGCUGUAUCUCUCUUUCUCUUUAACUCUCUUUCUCUCACUGUAUCUCUCCUUCUCUGUCUUUCUCUCUAUAUAUCUUUCUUUCUCUCGUUCUAUCUCUUUGCUUUCAUAUCACUGCAACAACUGAUGAAUAAUUCGCUUUUCCACUGCCAUUCUCGCGUUGUCGAAUUUCUUUGUCUCUCUCCAGCAAAGACAGCCAACCUUGUAACAAUUCGAACAAUACGUCUUCCAUACGAAUUUCACUUUUGCUUUCUUUCUUGCUCGUCUUUUUCAGUCUUUGUGUACUUCCUUCCGAGUCCCUCUUACCGUUUUCUUCUCUUCAAUCUAACUCGACAAGAUAAAUUAGCUUUUUUUUUAGUAACGUCUAUCUUACGUUAG